AUGCGGCAUGGGCUUCAGUACAUUGCCAUCCCAACGGUUCUGGUGGCAGGCUUGAUUGGGGCCUUUCUGCCACGGGUGAUUGUGUCGCAGGCAGACCAUGCGGGCCGCGUGCUGCAGCUGGGUACCGCGCUGGCCGCUGGUGUCUUUUUGACGGCCGGGCUCGUGCACCUGCUGCCCGAUGCGCUGAGUCAGGACCCCAGCCUGGAUGAGCACUAUCCCUUUGUGUUCCUGGCCACCACUCUGGGAUUUGUGCUCGUCUUAGCCAUUGAUUUGAUUGCCUUUAUCGUCGUGGAUGCUGACAACAACAACAACAACCCUGACAUCAGCCCACUCCCCACGGCUUGUGGAAGCCCGCGAAGCGGCAGCAAGCUGAGCUCGGACAUGGAAGGGCCCAUGAGCGACCCGCUUUUGACUGAAAGCAGCACUCUGCUGCCCGCGCACAAUUGCAACGUCAAUGAGCUCUCCUGUUCUCGCCCACGUGGCAUGUCCUCCACCUCCACACGCCAGCUGCACACGACUGGAUGCCGUGCAGUCUAG